AUGGAUGGCAAGGGCGAGGACAAAGACGAGGACGAGGACGAGGGAGGAGCGAGGUCGGCGGGCGCGCGCGGACCGGGUGAGAGGACCGGCGCUCCAGCGGCGAGGACCGCGGCCGCGGCAGGGGAGGCCGCUGCGGCGGCAGGACCGUUGAAGGCGUCCGCUGGGUCUGGCGCCGCUGGUGGACAGGCGAAGGGUUCUGAUGGACCUGGAGGAUCCGGUGGACUUCUGAAAGGCGCUGCUGGAGGUGUUGCUUUGGGUGGGCCAGCGAAGGGCUCCGGUGGACCUGGAGGAUCCAGUGGACUGUCGAAGAACCCUGCUGGAACUGGUGCGUCGGGCGGCUCGCUGAAGGCGUCCAGUGGGCUCCCUGUACCCGCUGGAUCUGGCGGGUCUGGGAAAACAGAGAAACCCACCGGCGAACUCGGACCCAACGCCGCUGCGCGCGAGGCAAGCGUGGGAAGCGCUUCGGACGCCGCAGGCACAGCCGCUUCGCCGUCCUCCGCCCCGUCAGCGUCUCCAGCGCCGACAGCCACCAGCCCGGACAGCGACCGUCCCCACGUGUGCGGCUCGUUCUUCUCGCCGUGCUGCGCCGCGCGCCGCGCCGGUGCCGGCGUGACGACGUUCAGCGGCGCGGCAGGGCGCGCCACCCGCCGCCGCUCGCCGGUCAAUCUCGCGAGGAUCCUCUCGCGCCCCGUGCCGGCCGCCUCGCCGCCGCCGACGCGCAAGAAGUCGAGCAUUGUUUACUUCCACCCCGAGUUUCAACCGGGCGUGAUCGGAGAGGAGGAGGCGAACGCCGGCAGUUCGAGGAACCAGAUGCCUUCUCGAAGCAUGGGCAACACCAGCUCCACCGGCGCGCCCUCGCCGCAGCCCCGUUCCCCGACCUUUCGGCCUCGGGUCGCCCUGCCGCCCGACUACGAGUACAUGAAGAAGCUGGUUCCUGAGCUCAAGCUGGAGAUCAAGGAGAAGGAUAGCAGGAUCGCACAACUGGAGGUGGAGCUCAGUGAAGCAAGAAGAACCGUAUCCAGGAAAGACAAUGAAAUCUCCAAACUUCACAGAGAAAUCCACAAAAUACAGCUGAACAUGCCCACGUGUCUCAACUGUGUGACCAACCGUCGCCCCGCCGCCAAGGCGGCCAAGGCCAAGGUGCCUCGGGCCAAGCGCGUUCAUCCGCCUACCAGCGAGAUGGUGCGCGGCGCCAUUAAGGGCCUCAAGGAACGCGGCGGGUCGUCGCUGAUCGCCAUCAAACAAUACAUCGCCGCCAACCACAAGGUGGACGCCGAGAAGCUGGCACUUUUCAUCAAGCGCGUUCUUAAGUCCGGCGUGACCAGCGUUGCGCUUGUGCAGACCAAGGGCAAGGGUGCCAGCGGCUCGUUCAAGCUGUCGGCCGCCACGAAGGACAAGGCCGCCAAGAAGCCGACCAAGCCGCCCAAAAAGAAGUCCGCCGGACCGGCCAAGGCCAAGAAGACGCCCAAAAAGGCCGCCAAAAAGCCGGCUGAUAAGAAGAAGGCCACCAAGUUACCGGCCAAGGCUAAGAAGGCCAAGCCCACCAAGGCCAAAAAAGCCAAGUCGCCGGCCAAGAAGCCCAAGGCGCCCAAGCAAAAAAGUCGCCGGCCAAGAAGGCCGCCAAGAAAUAGGCUGGUGUGCGUGCCAUCACCUCCGCCCGUCGGGGUGCUGCAAUGGCUCUUAUCAGAGCCACGUAACUCGCUCUUACAUUAUCAGGUCGCAGACUGA